ACUUAUGGCAGACAUCCUCACUAAUGCAAACCAGAUGGUGUCCGUGAUAGAUAGUUCCCUUCCCCCUACUGCUGUAAUGUAAACAGUCCUGCCACACCCAUGGAAACACUCAAGAGCUCCUGGAAUUCUUGCAGUCAGACGAUGCAUGUGGUCCUGAUCAGUGUGUUUCUGCUUCAGCUCGCAGCCAUUCGGAGAACUAAAUGUGCUUCUUUCUGUAAAUAGACGAAGAUUAAAUAUAGCAGGCAGUUCUAGCGGUUCACUUUGCUGUGUUGACUGUAUGGCUCCGAUGUUGUGUAGUUUGGAAAAGUUUCUUUUAAAGAGUUUCUACUGUGACUGGAAAUUAUGCGAAACUCUGAAGGAAAGUGAAACUGUACAGACAUCUAUGAAGAGGCUGUAGUUGUGCGUCAUAUUUGGAUUAAACGUCUGGAAAUUGUGAGCCAUUCCUCCCCAACGCCCUUCACAUGUCAUGAGCAUGGCCAGAGAAGGACUUCGUGUUUCAUAGCAGUGUGUGCCUAUUCCGGAUUCUCCAUUACAUUUCUACAAGCUCAAGGGCUGUUAUGAAUAAAGUAGCAUCGUGGUCAGAGGAGGAGGUCUCGCUCUGGCUGACCGAUCAGGGCCUGCAGGAAUACUCAGAACCAUUGCGAAACUAUGACGGACCGGCUUUGUUAAGUCUGACGACGGAUGACUUCAAGAGGUCACCCCUCUCCAGGGUUAUGUCAGACGGUGGUCGUCUGCUCCUGGAAAAGAUUGAGACUCUUAAGAUCGAGCAUCAUAUCGACGUCCACAAGAAUGGACAUGCCAACGGGCACAUGGUGUUGAAUCAUAACGGGAAUGCUGGGAGUGCUGGAAAGGCUCACCGGAAUGGCGUGGUGAAUGGCUUCCACAAGGAACUGGUGCAGAUUCCCAUACCAGAGCCAUCUUCUCCGCAGUUCCCUCCUGAGUGGGGAAAGACCGCCGUGGCUCUUGUCUAUGCCUUAUGCUGCUUCGUCUUGACCACCGUCAUUAUUUCUGUGGUCCAUGAACGUGUGCCUCCUAAGGAGGCAUCUCCACCGCUCCCUGACAAGUUCUUUGACUUUUUUGAUCGAGUGGAGUGGGCUUUCACUAUAUGCGAGAUCAACGGAAUGAUUCUGAUCGUCUUGUGGAUUAUACAGCUGAGUCUCUUAAAACAUAAAUCAAUUGUAGGUCGACGCUUCUUUUUCAUAGUCGGGACGCUCUACCUCUACAGGUGCAUCACCAUGUACAUUACUACUCUUCCUGUGCCUGGCAUGCACUUCAAAUGCUCUCCUAAGCUGUAUGGUGACUGGGAAUCUCAGAUGCGGCGGGUGAUGAAAAUGAUUGCAGGAGGAGGUCUGACCAUCACAGGCUCUCAUAACAUGUGUGGAGACUACUUGUACAGCGGCCACACAGUCAUGCUCACCCUCACUUAUCUCUUCACGAAGGAGUAUUCUCCUAGAAGGUUCUGGUGGUACCACUGGGGCUGCUGGGCUUUGUGUGCAAUAGGAGUGUUUUGCAUCCUUCUAGCUCAUGACCACUACACGAUUGAUGUCGCCGUGGCCUACUUCAUCACCACACGUCUCUUCUGGUGGUAUCACACAAUGGCCAACCAACAAGCUCUCAAAGAGACAUCCCAGACCAACUUUUUCACCCACGUAUGGUGGUACCGAUUUUUCCGGUACCUGGAAAGCAACGUUCUCGCCGUCGUCCCCCGCAGCUACCAGAAGCCCUUCUCAUGGCGAUCGCUGCAUUGGGGCCACGUGAAGUACACGCGGAUAGACUCAGAUUGACUAAUGUGCAAAUGCUACAUUUGGAAGUUGGUCUCCAAAAUAUGUGCCCAAAGUGCCGGAAGUUGUAGCUGAUCCCUUUAAUGAACACAACCAGUCAUCCAAAGCAUCUCAUUCCUCUGUGAUGUCCUCACAGGAUUGGUUUUGGAUGUAAAACUUAGCACAUAUAGGGCUGAAAACAAUAAUGGCUUUAGGAGAAACCAUUGUCAGUGAUUUUCUUCUCUCCAAAUUGUGUUAUUGGGCUUGCGUUGGCCCGUAGCAUCAUCCUGAAUUUCACCAAAAAAAAUCACAAAAGACGAGCCAGCAAACUAAAUGCCAAGUUAUUUAUUUGUAUCCUCAGUGCCCCGUUUACAGGCACAAAGCCAUCUUUUCAAGCUAUUUUUUGUUAACUCAAGUAAGCAAUUUGACAAACUGUAAAUAGUGCAUUUUUGCAUUUACAGCCUUACAUUUUUCUAGUCGUCUGCUAAACAACACGUGCUGUCGGAGAAGGUUUAUAUGAAUAUAUUUGUUAUUUUUUGAACUAAUUCUUUACAUCGAGAGCUACAGAAGAUGUUUAUCGUUUGGAUAAUCUAAUGUUCCUCAGUGCCUUAAUAGUUCAUUGCGAACAGUGGUCUGACAGUCAACUGUAGUAAUGUUUUUAUGUUUAUUCAAAGACAAUUUCAGUGUUUUGAACCACGUAUGCUUGAAACAGAACUCACCUCGUCGCUCGAAUGUAACAAUACUGUUCGUUUUGACAGUGUAUUUCCAUGACAGUGUCAGCAAAGCUAAUUCAUUUCUCCGAUGUUGUUUUCGGAAUGUAUUUAUUUAUGUCUUUGUUCUGUUAUAUUUCGUUUUUGUCUUUGGAAUCUUUUUUGGCACGUUGUUUGUCUUUCUGACAGCUGGUGCUUUAUGGCUCUGACUGAAAUCCGGGUCUCUGGGGUGUUCAGUUCUGGGUUUGACUGACAAAAUGAUGUGAACCAAUCCAUCCUUUCCAUGAGCCAGAACAGAUGAUCUGCCCUGUUGACCAUCCAAUACGACAAGCUGCUAUAUUGUGAUGUAAUAGUAGGAGGUGUUCGUCCAUUGACAAAGAAAUAAAUUACAAAAUAUC